AUGACGGACGAUGCUGGAAACUGUUGCAGCGUUGUUCUGGACUUCUUUACCGAUGGAUAUCGAGAAGUGAAAGACCUAGAAUCAAAAGAAAACAUGGGAUACGAUGAUGUAAAAAAUAAUAUAGAGAACAUAGAAACAUGGACAGAUCUGGAGAAAGAAACCCGAGAGAAAAUCGAGGAAACAGUGAAGUUUUUCAGUCCGUUCCGAGAGAAUGAACCAAAUGACAGCCAAUUACAGUUGAUUGAGGAACGUUUACCGCAGCUGAACGAGGACUUUUUAGAUCUAUACAAUAGACAUCUCGACCUGAAAACAAAAAUCGAAGAUAACUCUGCCAUAGUGGAACGUCGGUACAACUACUGUAAGACAAGGAAAGGAAGAAUUGUCAUACACGCGGGAAAAGCUCUCUUGGCCGCCAUUCUCCUUGGAUUGAUACUCGGUGGAGUUCUAGGAUGGAAUGCCAUGGAUCGGACUCUACCCACAAUUCUCGGGGCAUUACUUGGAGCAGGGUCCGUACUCGUCAUUGGAGGGCUCUGUUAUUUAAUUUUGGUGGGUGUGGCUGGGUGGGGUGUCAAACGAUGGGAAAAUCUACGAGGGGAGGUCUCAAAAAUGAAAGAAAAAUAUGACCUUGUUCUUAUUAAUAAAAAGCGUCAGAAAUUGGAUCUUAUCGCUAAAAUACUGAAAAAUAUGAUGAAGAAUCUUUCCAAUCCUUCCAAUGUAAAGAGAGGAGCUAGCGGUAUAAUUGAAAACUGUAAUUCAUAUGAUAAGAAUUAAGUGCAAAAGAUAUCUUCAUGAC